AUGACUCCUACAAUCUUCUUAGUUAUCCUGUGCUUGGGAGUGGCCUCAGCUGCUAUAGUCCCUGAUGCCAGUUUGGAUGUUGAAUUGAAAGAGCAGAAGGAUAAAGAUGAUCUCAAAAAAUUAACAUGGGAUGAGUUUAUUGUCAAAUUGAACAAUAGCAAAAUUGACCAGGAGAAGGGUAACUUCAAAAUAGAAAUAAGUGCCUUCUUCAGUCAGCUGACUGAAGAACUCAAGAAAAUAAUGAUUGAGUUUUUCUACCCAAUGCUUGAAGAGGACAAAACACAACCAGCUGAUGAUGAUCCUGAAUUUGAGGAUUUGGAAGAGAGUGGCGAUUGGUUUCUUGUACCGGAUCAGGUAUGA